UAACCGGAAAACAAUAUAUUUAUCACGUCCGAAAGAUGAUAUUCUUUUUCUCUAUAGACAAUCGCAAAAUCUUGCAAUUUAAUAUUAGCACACAGCUUUGUUGACAGUGACAGUGCACGAUGGUCAGAUUUACCAAAAAAGAUCUGCCUGAAAAAGAACAAUUACUAAACGGAAUGGCAGAAAUUGACGAGGAUUCGAUUAGACCAAUUAAUGAUGCAUUCCAACACGUUAGGGAAAGUAUCGAAUACAUAGACGGAACUAGUGGAAUUAAUGAGACUGAUUUAAUAUUCCUAAAGGGACUGAUGGACAGCCCCAUAAUGAAAAAUUUAGUUAAGGUACAAGACAAAUUAGAAGAUCUUCCAGUGCUUCCAAAACCAGUCACCAAAGAAAGUAAAGAACUCAUCAAGGACUUGUCCGCACGCUGCACCAAAUCAAAAAACAAAGAAGCAAAGGAACUGUUGGAUCUAUUGUCCAACCCGUUCCUUAAAUCCCUCAUCGAGUGCCACGACGAAGUAGCGCAAAUCAGCGAAAAUCCAAAGCCCGUGAAAACUGAUCUUUCGAAAUUAUUUCCAGAAUUAAACGGGAUGACGGGGGAGGCGAUAAGAAUGGUGGGUGUCCGGAAGAAGGAUGGGGAACCCCUCGGUUUGACGGUGCAAUUAGAUGAUAACGACAAUCUAGUGAUUGCGAGAAUACUCGAGGGAGGAAUGAUAGAAAAACAAGGUCUGCUCCACGUUGGUGAUGUUAUUUUAGAAGUGAACGGAACACCUGUAAAUAGUGCCGAGGAUUUGCAAACCGAAGUAGCAAAAUCGAAGGAUUCGGUCACGCUCAAAGUAGGUCAACCGAAAGAUCCGGAAACUCAUGCAUCACUUGUUAUGAACGGAACUACGAAUGGAGUUGCUAAAAGACUUACGUGCUACAUGAGAGCGCUUUUUCAAUACAUCCCAGAGGAAGACACACUAUUACCGUGUAAAGAAAUUGGAUUACCUUUCGACCGAGGCGAUAUUUUGCAAAUCGUCGAUCAAAGAGAUCCUAACUGGUGGCAGGCCAAAAAAGUUGGUGGAGACGGUAGAACCGGUCUCGUCCCAUCUUUGGAACUGGAGGAGAGAAGAAAAGCGUUCGUAGCACCCGAAGCUGAUUUUGUGCAUAAAAUUAGCAUAUGUGGUGCAAGGAUUUCAAAAAAGAAGAAAAAAAUCAUUUAUCAAUCCAAAAGUAACUGUGACUUCGAUAAAGCAGAGCUUCUGUUAUAUGAGGAAGUUACAAGAAUGCCGCCUUUUAAGAGGAAAACUUUGGUCCUCAUUGGUACACAAGGUGUUGGGAGGAGGACUUUGAAGAAUCGGCUGAUUAAUAGUGACCCUGAGAAGUUCGGGGGAGUUGUGCCAUAUACGACAAGACCACAACGAGUGUUAGAGGAAAGCGGUCAAAGUUAUUUGUUCACGGAUCGUGAAUCUAUGGAAGAAGACAUCAAGCAUUCUAAAUUUUUAGAAUAUGGAGAAUAUAAUGGUCAUUUAUAUGGUACACAUUUAGAUUCAAUCAGAGAUGUUAUAAAACAGGGGAAAAUGUGCGUACUAGAUUGUAGUCCGAUGGCGUUAAAAAUUCUUCACAAUAGCUCAGAGUUUCUACCGUAUGUUAUUUUCAUAGCGGCACCAGGAAUGGAACAGUUAAAAAACCUUUAUGACGUAGGAAAAAGCAAUUCGAACUUACGAUAUUCCAGUCGAAAUUUAACGUUUGACCGCCAGAGUUCUAUACGAUACAGUUCACGACGAGCAAGAACACUUGAAUCUUUGGCCUCCUUAUAUGAAGAAGAAGACUUAAAGCGAACACUUGAAGACAGCGCAAGUAUGCAGAGAACUUAUGAUAAAUAUGUGGAUCAGGUAAUUGUUAAUAACGAUUUUGAUGUUACUUUCCGACAAAUCAUAGAGGCCCUGGACACUCUAACAACUGAACAUCAAUGGGUGCCAGUCAAUUGGAUUUAUUGAUACUGCCAUAAUAUUAAGUAAUAUAAGAUCUUUUAUUAUAAGAAAUAUUUAAAGCAGGUUUUAUAAUAUGUUUUGAAGGACCUGUAAAUGUGAUAAAACCCUACAGAUAAAGUUAUUUUCAGUUAAAUUUAUAAUUAUGCUACACUAAGGAGGUCUAUUUACAUUGCUUGUGGUUAAUAUUUGAGAUAUGCUUAUUUAAAUAAUGUUGCUGUUGUUACUAUUUCUACAGCAACUAACUGCCACAUCACUUCAACUACAGGCACUGCAAAUGACUCUAAGUCGUAGAUUUGAGUGAUAGUAAAUAUGUUUGUAUGGAAAUAAUUAACUUUCACUAAUAAGUUUUUAUAUAUAUAUAUAUAUAUUGAGCUUGAAAAAUAAUUGGAUAGUCAAAGUACUUUUGUAUAGGUAGUUGGAGUUAUAAAAUAAUCAUAAAAACCAUACUGCUUGUUAUAAAUACACGUAGUAUACUGCAUCUCAAAUAGAAUUCCUUCAAAUUUUACUAAACAUGUGUAGUUUUAAAUUAUAAAACACAUUAUUUACUGUUAAGGAGCUAUAUUCUAUUCCAGCGAUACACUGGGUUAUGGUUAGAUUAGGUUAGAUUCAAUUUUUAAUGAAGGUUCGACGAAUUAUAAAUGAUUAUAUCGAAACACAAUCGUACAAAAUAAAAUCUGUAACAUCGGGUCCUGUAAAUGUUACGUGUCAAAGUACUUAAGCAUUUUAGUUAUCACAGAAAAUUCAGAAUAGUCCAUUCUGGAAUGGACAGAGUACAUAAUAUGUGUUUAUUAUUAUGCGUACCUACAUCGUAUAAAGUACCUAUAACUUCUAAACGUUUUAUAUAACCUGCAACUAUCUUAAAGUGAUUGCAACUUACAUCUGCUACAAAAAUUUAAACAUUGUGUAGCUUUUACAUUGAAUAAUAUCGAAAUUAAACUGUAGUUUGUUAUAUAUUAGCGAAACUAUUGUUAUGUAUUUCAAAUGUUCUAAAUGCACAUUCGCCUGAAAUCAGUUUGUACUCUCAAUAGACAUCACAAUAUACUUCUUAGCGUGAAUUAAGUAGUUUAUAUAAUUAUAUAAUUUGUAAAUGUAGCUAUUCCAUAUAGAUAUUAAGAAAAUUUGUUUAUCACGAAGAAAGGUACAAAGCUGUGCAACAUCGAAUAAUAGUUACUCUCACUGAUUAGAUAGAAAGUAAGCCUUACAAUUAAUUGCCUAACUAAUGUUAAGUAUAUUAUUAAAUGUACAUAUAUACAUUGAGCAAGAUAUGAGUCACCCGUACUAUGAAGUAGAUUGUAGAAUGAGUAAGUAAUUAAAUAACUCUUCUACAAUUAGAAUUUAGAAUAGAAUUGUGUUUGUUAUGUAGGUGCUUUAUAUUAUAUCUUUUUAGCCGUCCAAGUGUUCAGGGAACUGUGUUUUUAUGAGAUUAUUUAUAUUCAAUGAUCUUUUGCAAUUAUUAUUAAAUAUUAUUUUAUCUUUAUCAUUAUACAAUUGCUACAUUUAAUGUAUUGUUUAGAAAUAGAAUUUUAUUUUUUUCUGCAAACUUUUA